AUGAAUUCCUACCGAUGUUUGCCAAAUAAAGUGUUAUUUGGUGCAUCGCCACCAACAAUGGCGCCAACAACGACGACGACGACAACAGACACUUUGUGUCUUAAUUUGCAAAAACUGUGGCUUAACGAGACAACUGCCGAUAUUCACUUUGUGGCUGACAACAUUCGAAACGAAUCACAAUUGCUUCCCGCUCACAAAUGCCUGCUGGCGGUGGAUAGUUCAGUGUUCUAUCGCCGGUUUUUCAUCGAUUUGGAAAAGGAAAGCAACAUCGAAAUAUGUGACGUAUCAGCCGAGGUGUUCUCAGUAUUUCUGAGCUCUUUCUACCAGCACAAGAUUGCCGUCACGGAUCGCAACGUUUCCGAUCUGAUUUAUUUGGCCAAACAGUACAAUGCACACAAUUGUAUGACCCAGUGUGAACAGUUCUUGAAAGACAAGCUCACCACCGAAAAUGUGUGCUAUGCGUUUGAAUUAGCGACCGUUUGCAACGACAUGCAGAUGUACCGCUCAUGUUUGAUGGUGAUCGAAAAGAACUUUCGUCGUGUUUUGACAACCAAUGGUUUUUUACACUGCAGCCACAAUGUAUUGAAGCACAUUUUGUUGUCCAACAUCGAGAACCGAGAUGAAUUCGCACUGUUUGAAGCGUGCAUGCACUGGGCGAAAACGUCAUUGGAACGAAACAAUGUGGAACAUAACAAAAUGAUGGAUUGGCGUACGGAACUCGGCGAAUGUUUCGAAUUGAUUCGAUUUGGUGCGAUGACACCACUGCAAUUCAUGAAGUGCGAAACGAUUUACCCAGUUUUCACAACCGCUGAACUCACCGAAAUCAAACUACGCAUCAUUUCAUUGGCUGAUAAUGGCUUCCAGACGUAG